AGUUUUUUUAAUUUUAUUUAUUUUAUUUUAUUUUAUUUUAUUUUAUUUUAAUUUAUUUUAUUUUAUUUUAUUUUAUUUUAUUUUAUUAAAAAAAAUAAUAAUAAAUAGAGGGUUUUUUGACAUGGUAUCAAACCCUCGCAUAUAGGAGUAUUUCAUCAAUCUGGGCGGCCAAAAGUCCGUUUUCCGAAAUCGGGCCGGAAAAGAUUUGAUACAUGUUUUUAGGUAUCCAAGAUUAUAGUGCAUCAAACCCAACUGUUAUUUAUUGUUUAUGCCUUAUCAACGCUCUUAAUUGUCACUUUAAGGUUAAUAGUUUGUGAGGUCUAUAUCAAAGUGUUUAGAAUGAAAUAAAUUUAAUAAUUUUUAAUUUGAAUUAUGUCGUACCUAGAUUAUUUUAAGAAAAGAAAAGUUAUGGAGUCUAAUACAACAGGUAAGUACUUACAAACUGCAUUUUUAUUUUUUUACAUUUAUUGUAUACUUUCUUUGGUAUUCCAUUUUUAAGAUGAUAACCUUUUAGUAAUAAACAUUUAAAAAAAAUAUAUAUCAAAAAUGAUUAAGUCAAAGUGCCGGGAUUUGCCGAGCAUUGAUAUUAAUAUUUUUGAAUAGCCUUCAUAUAUUUUGUCUUCUAUGGUACAAAAAAUAAAUGUCCACUUUUUUCAACUUUUUGAACUAACGCCUUAAAGGAUGGAGGAGGACAUCUCAAAAUAUCGAAAAUUUGAAAUGUGACAUUUUGUGAUGUUUUCAUGUUUUAGCUGCAUCUGGCUUUCGAAAUAUGACACGUAGGAUGCUAUUUACAUUUGUCAGGGAGUCAGAAGGUGUUAAUAUAACAGAAAAAUGCAAAAAUCUGGAAGGAUACAUCCUUAACUUUGGACCAUUUUCUGAUGAGGAUGAAAUAAAAGUAAAACGAGAAAUUCGUCGGUUAAAGUCUGAAAUUGUAUCAAAAUGGAAAAAGUCACAUGCUAUAUGUGAUAAAUUCGAAAAGAAUAACAACGGAUGGCUGAAUGGAAUCAUUUCACUUCCUAAACCUCUGAGCUCGUCCUCUCAAAGAGUUGACCGUCCAAAAACAAAAUUGACUAUGAUUCGAGUGAAAGAACCAAGAGAAGAAAAACGGAAACUUUUGAGAAGAGACAAUGACCUGGAAGAACUUACUUUUACAACUCAAGUAAAAUUAGCUAAUGAAGGGAAACGUGAUGCUUCUCUCGUGCUGAAAGAAAUCACUUCUACACCCAAACGAGCCAUUGCCUAUAAAAACGCGUUUAGUGCAAGUAAAUCCAAAGAGAAGGUACAACUAACACCGCAACAAGCGUUAUCAAUGUUCAUCGAAGCAGACUUAUCAAAGAGGCAGUACGAAAUCAUAAGAAGUUAUAAUCCAUCUAUGUAUCCAUGCUACAGUAAGAUCCAAGAAGUGAAAAAGAGUGUUACCCCGACAAAGAAUCUAUUACUGUCACCGAAACUUUAGCAGAUAUUAAGCUUCAGAAUUUGAUGGAUCACACUGUAUCCAGAUUACUGACAGAUCUUUACGAAGUAGUUAAAACGCUUGACGAAGAAGAAAGAAAUGCCUUGGAACUCAUAUGUAAAUGGGGAUGCGAUGGAGCGCAACAAGCGCAAUUCAAACAAAAAUUUGUGUGUGACUCCGACACGGACGCUAACUUGUUCCAAAGUUCACUUGUCCCUUUACGGCUUAUUUGUUCCUUAAAUGGAAAAAUACUAUGGCAGAACCCCACUCCUUCAUCUCCUCGUUAUUGCCGCCCAAUCAGGCUGAGAUUUAUAAAAGAAACCGCAAUGUGACAAAAGAAGAAAUAUCCAUAUAUUAAAGAUGCUUCAAAAAAUUUGAACAAAACGAAAGUCUAAAUGAAAGAAACUAUUGCUUGUGAGGUAUCGCAUACAAUGAUGUUGACC